UUUAAUAUCAACCGUUGAUUAAAAUGAAUCUAACAAACACAAAUUUAACCCUUUGUUUUAUCCUUUUUCCACUCUUUCUCUGUUUAGUCGUAUCUUUCAUCUUCUUCUUAUUCGGUAGAUUAUCCAACUAGGUUUAGCCAUCAGACUACUUUGGUGGCCAAUAUCCGUCGAAGGUACCCAUAACAAAAAACUAGGCGACCUAAAACGUCUCGUCACCGGUUUCUGUCCUUUUGGAGUCGACAAUUGCAGAUCUUGAGAGGGGAAGAGCGAGGAAGGAAGAUGAUGGUGCUUGGGGUGGAGAGGAGCCUGUCUCGUUUAUAUGACAGAUCUGAUAAUGAAGCCAAGAUUACAAAAAGGUAGCAGCUUUAAGCUAGACAACUAUUUCGAAAAGAAGAAGGCUGAAAGCUUAAGAAGAACAGAGCAAAGAGACGGUGAAGAAGAAGAAGUCACCGGAGCUGUCGUGACUAAAGUUCAAGGACAAAGAGAGACAGUUGGGUUGAGAUCGACUAUUUUUAGAAACUAUUUGGAUAGCUUGCGGUGUGAAAAGAAUCUGUGUGGAGGACGUUUGGCUGGAGGACCACUGACGGCGAAGUGGUUUGAAGUACUGGAGGAGGGAAAUAUAGCGAUUUGCUCUGAGUUAUGGGGUCAAGCAAUGAUGCAAAGAGGUAUCCAAGUAGGCUGUAUCGGGAUGGUAAAUUCCCACUGCAGAUCAGAAGCAUGCACCAUGAUUGUAGUUUGCCCAAUAUAGCUGGUUUGAAAGGCUACGUGGGUGAUGAGGUGUAUGACAAAAUAAGAAAGAAUUCGCAGCUGGGAGUGUUAUCGGAUCUAGCGGAAUCCAACUACUUGUUUUGUUGAAAUACCAUUUAUUAUCUAUUGUCCAAUCAAUUGUCAAUAGAUAUUCCAUCGGAGGUAUGGUUUUUGGUUGGAGGUAAGCCACUGAGGUUCUCUCUAUAUGAAUAUGAAGAAAUUAGUGGUUUGAACUGUGAGAAGAUUGAUGAAUCAGAGUGUGAAGUUGAUCAUACACCUUUAUGGGCAGCUUUAAAGCUGAAAGCUUUUAAUGGACCCCAACUGGGAGGAGCUAGUUGACGGUUUGAGAAGCUGUCGUGGGUGGUCUGAUGAAAUGAAGACGCAGAUUGUUCGGUUGUAUCUUGUUCAUGUUGGAGUGCUUGGUUUAUCAAGGAACAGUAGGAUACCUCUGUAAUACGCAAAAAGGGCGUUGAAUGAAGAAGCAUUUGAGAGUUUUCAAUGGGGUAGGGUUAGAUUCAAGAGUUUAGUUGAUUCCAUUAAAGUCCUUGGGUUACCUAACAAUGCUUAUACCCUCCAUGGAUGUAUUGCUGAUAUGGGCAUUUGAGAGCGUGAAGGUGUUGGGGGCUAGCUACGAGAAUGUAAGAGAAGGUGUAGAUUUGCCUCUGUUAAGGUGGAGAGGAGGGAGGCCAAGGAAGGAUAUUGAAGCCUUCAUAUCCGGGAGCAAACUCCUUAAUAAUGGGGAGCUUCAGGUGAAGCAUUUAGUACCUAAACCUUUGGAGUUCAUAUAUCCAGAUUGGCCAGGACAGUAUUCUGUGUAUGGUGUAGGGGAAGGUUUGAAGAAGAAACUGGAUAAUCUGCUGUUAGACGUGAUCAAUGGCGAAGUGGAUGAAAGAGAAUGGGAUUGUGUAAAAAAAAAGAAGGGGGAACAUACGAAGAAGAGGGAGAUGAGGCAACCUGUUGCAGGGGUAAGUGACGAUGAUUUCGUUGUAACAGCCCCAACCAGCAUCCGUAAUGUCCCCAAUAAUGCGAAGGAGCAGAAAGAAAGUGUUGGGGACAAAUGUUCAGCAGAGAAGGCGUCUGGAGAUAAACAUUCAGGUGUGCAGGGUGAAGAUGGUGGUGGAAGGUUAUUUACUAUGGUUGAAACACUAGGGGCGAAAAUGGAUAAUAUUCAUAUAUCGUUUUCUAGAGCAAUAGCGGAAGUUGUGUUCAAACUUCAAGGUAUGGAGAGUAGGAUGGGUAACUUUGAGAGUGACGUUCAACUUUUGAAGAAAGUUGUUAUCAACUCAACGGAUGGAGGAGCGCAUACGCAAGGAUCUCGUACAUUAAGAAAUGACGAACCAAAAAUAGAGGAGGUAUGAUCUGCGUACCGUAUUGAUGAAAUUGUUAUUAUAUAUUUAGUGUUCAGUAUGAAGUCUUUGUAUUUAUCUAUUCGAGGAAACAAUAAUAAUUUCAGUAUUGUGAAGUUGUAUAAUUUUGUAAUUAUUUUGAUAUAUGAUUUUUUUCGUUGACACAAUUUAACUAUUUGUAUACUUUGUCUCUAGUUUAACAGCGUCAUAUUAUAUUUCAAAUGUCUUGUAUAUAA